AUGAGUGUGCAGAAUCAUGCAGAUGGUGUAGAUGACAUAGCGGAAUUGCUUUCGACCGUAGCUAUCCGCAAUGAGCUACCCGAGGGUCUUAUGGGUUUUACGCGAUGCAUGCUUGGGAGCUACGACAUCCACUGGAGCGUGAUGGGGCGACUCUCCCUCGACGCUUUGCGUUGGUACUCCCUGACCUGCAAAGCGAUCUACGACGAAGUGCAGGCUUACUAUCACCGCAACUACUCCCUAAACCCCAUCCUCGAACCGUUCAUUCCCUCGCGGUACAUCCCAGCCUUCCGUCGCCUACAGAAGGAAAACGGGCUUGUUAUCUCUGGCUCUGUAGCACUUCAGUUCUUCACAAGAGUGACAUACCCGGAAUCCGAUCUCGACCUCUACGUCGAGUACGCGCGUGCAUUGGAGAUCGGGAAAUGGCUCGAGUCUGAGGUGGGAUGCACUGCGCUGAAUCAUCAGGGCGAAGCACACCCUUUCUACCGUACCUUUUCGCGCUAUGUCACCUCGGACUUCCACAGCGGUCGACUUCCUUCCUUGGAGCCCUGCUACACAACGCUGCCUGGGGACAGGGGAAGCGCAGCCCCUGCCGAUCCAGCGCAAAGUGGAGCAGAUAUAUCGGAGUAUUACAGCUUCAAGGGUAUGCGUGCCGUCGUCAGUUUCCUGUCACCUGUUAGUUCCAGGAAGAUCCAACUCAUCAUUUGUCGGCGCAACAUCAUGGAGGUGAUAUUAGGGUUUCACUCGACCGUUGUCAUGAACCUGAUCACCGCGUCUUACGCUUACAGUUUGUAUGGCGAAGAGACUUUGGAGAAGAAACUGGCUCUUCCCGUGGACAGCGGGCGUUCAGGUCUUGGGAAUCGUGAAGCCGCGAGAGCCAAGUACGUGGAUCGUGGUUGGACAAUGGUGCCGUCGCAGGCUGCGGCCUUGAGGCUCAAAGCGUUCGAAGGGUGGGCAGCUCGGCAUGUGGGUGACUCCAAGUGCUGGAUAGUUAGGUUGCCGCAGGUGAAGGGGACAGAUGUGUUCAAGAAGACAGACCCAUUGCGUAGGAAUGAAUGGGCGUUGGGAUACAAGUUUGGUGUACCGAAGAUGAUGCUCCAACUGUGA